AUGGUGCCCACGCCCCAGGUGUGCGUAUCAACCCUGGUCACGGUGAGCACGAUGGCAGUGGUGGACCUCUACCUGCUGGAGCAGAGCAUGCUGGGGGCUAAUGGUCUUCCGGGACCUAGUGUCUGGCAGUGUGCGGUGGUGUUGCUAGGAGAUGUCGGCUUCCUGCUCGCGCUGCGCUUCGUGUCUGCCGGUGUGGUGUCAGAGGUGCGGUCGCCACGUCGUGGUUUUGCCAAUGCCCUCUGGUUCCUGUUCCUGUCCCUGCUCCAGCUCAAGCUCUUCUUCGUUUGCCACAACUACAGGCAGGAACGCCGGCCGCCAGACCCGCUGGCCAGGAAGACCCUGACGCUGCUGCUCUCCAUCUGCCUGCCCUCCCUGUUCCUAAUCCUGACGGGAGCUGACCACAUGACCCCUCAGCGCAGGAAGCAGGAGGUGCGGGGCCGGCUGCUGUGGGUGGUUGUGGACCUGCUGGAUGUGCUUGACCUGCAGGCGGGGCUGUGGGAAGUCCAAGGAGGGGCUGCAGUGGGGCCUGGAGGGGUCGUUGAGCAGAACCUGCCCAUCUGGGCCGAGGGCCUGGUCUUCUUUUAUUGCUAUGCGCUCCUGCUGCUGCUGCCGUGUGUGGCCCUCACAGAGCUGGGGGCAACCGGUCUGCCGGGACAGCGGGGGCCCCGUAAGGAGGCUUUGUACCCUUGGCUCAGCUUGGUCACUAUCAACAUCUUCACCCUGGCCCUGAGGGGCACAGGCAUGCUCUGGUACAGGGACCCCUGUGUUUCAACUGUGUUCCUGGGGAAGAACCUGCUGGCUCUGGCUGUGAAGCUGAGCUCAGCCUGGGAGAGACACAAGCAGGAGCGCGCUGCUGCGGGAGCUGGGAUUGUCGCUGGAGCAGAACCAGGAGACUCGACCCUGCCGAGCCAGAGCUCAGAGCAGGGAGAGGGCCAGGCCCGGGGGAAAUCUCCUCCCUCUCAUUAUCACACACUGUCUUGCUCCCAAAGCCACACUCUCUCCCAUGUCAGCCUGGAGCCCGCAGAGACGCCCUUAGGACCCUCUUUCAUCUCCCAUGAACUCUAAAGACACUCACUCAGUCUGAAAAUGCACGCAUGCACAAACGCAUGUACACACACCCACACUCAAAACUUGGACCAGCCAUGCCAGUAUCACAUCCAAACAGAUAACUUGUAUUGAAUUUCAGUACAACAGCAAUGGGUAUGAUGCAGAGCUGUGGAAAUGCAUUUGGCAAGAUCGGUUUUCUGCACAUUUCGUUGUGCUAGGAAUAACUCAAAAUGCAUUGCUGUGAUUUGUGGGAGUGUAUUUUUAAAUUGAACACUGUGAGCACAUCUAUCAGAGUGUAUAGAAUAUUCCAGAAAUGUAAGAUGAAGUCAAGAAGUGUUUGUUCUUGUUUACUCGGGGCACAACUGCCACACUCUGCUGAAUUCUGUCCUUCACACACCAUUUCGAAGCUGUAGUUUGAGUUGCUCUUUU